AUGUUUUCUCUUCUAGUUAAUAUUCCUGCUAAUGCUAAGUGGGCACACAACGGAGUGACUAUUGCUGGAGGUCACGGGAAAGGCGAUGCCACUAAUCAACUCAACCGCCCUCAUGGUCUCUUUGUUGAUGAUGAUCAAACAGUGCUUAUUGCUGACCACUCGAAUCAUCGUAUCAUGCAAUGGAAGAACGGUGACACAACGAAUGGACAAGUUGCUGCCGGUGGCAAAGGCAAAGGAAAGGGAUUGCAUCAAUUGAAUAGCCCAACUGAUGUAUUAAUUGACAAAGAGACGGAUAGUCUCAUUAUUUGCGAUUGUGGGAAUCGACGAGUUGUACGAUGGUCUCGUCGUAGUGGUACAACACAAGGAGAAGUGCUCAUCGAUAACAUCCAAUGUUAUGGAGUAGCAAUGGAUGAACAGAGAUAUCUCUACGUUGCUGACUACGGAAAAGAUGAAGUAAGACGAUAUCAGUUGGGUGAGAAGAAUGGCACUCUCGUAGCUGGUGGUAAUGGUAAAGGUGAUGAACUCAAUCAACUCAACUACCCGACAUAUCUCUUUGUCGAUCGACAACAAAAUGUCUACGUGUCAGACGUACAAAAUGAUCGUGUAAUGAAAUGGAAUAAACGUGCAACAGAAGGUAUUGUGGUUGCUGGAGGAGAAGGUGGAGGGAAUGCUCUGACACAAUUGUAUCAUCCUCAUGGGCUCUUCGUUGAUACGUUGGAUACAUUCUAUGUAGCAGACUGCUACAAUUAUCGUGUAAUGCGUUGGACUCAGGGAGACAAGAAACAAGGCACUUUAGUUGUAGGUGGGGAUCGUAGAGGAGAAGGAGCAAAUCAGUUCAACUUUCCCAUUGGUUUGUCGUUUGAUCGACAUGGUAAUCUCUAUGUCGCUGAUCGUGAUAAUAAUCGUGUUCAACGAUUUUCUAUCGAAUGA